AUAUAUUACAUCGAUUCAAAUAUAUAUAAAUUUGUGAUAUAAAUAAAUUUAAUAUUGUGAUUUAAUUUGUAGAUUAUUAGUAUUUUUUUUAAUUAAUAUGUGUGUGUUAAAUCAUUUAUCAAGUAUUGUUACAUCAAAAUUGAAUUGAUUUUCUCUCAUUAUCAGCAAACCUUAAUAUAAACGUCUGAAAUCGGAUUUGAAUUUAAUUAUUGUUUUAUUUUAAUUCUAUUUAAUAUAAAAUUUACUUUAUAAUUUUAAUUUUUAAUAUUUAUGCAGAUUAUCGUUUAAUUAAAUAAUGAAUAAUUAAUGGAAUGAUUUCAAAAGUGUAAUAGGUUAUGCGUCACAACUUUUGUGUAAAUAUGAAAGUAUUUUGUUUUCGGAAAAUUGAUUCACGAUUGUACGACGCUCGAUCGAUUUGUAGCCAAACUUCAAGCAUAUGUUGUCUCUGAUUCAAUUCGACAAUCGAAACAUAGUGCGAGAUAUCAUUCUUCCAUCGAAAGUCGUAUCGUUUGGAUGCUUCGCUUCAGAUUAUUAAUUUAUUAUAAGACGAGAAAAAAAUUUCAACAUGGAUGCUAUAAUAAUCGUUCAAUAAUAACUAAUCAGAUAAAUGAAUCAGUGCAUAAGGCAAUCAUCCAUCAUGCGAAGAGAUUUCAUUUUCUCCUACUUGAUGACUUCCCAUGGGUUAGCAUCGAUAGCAAUGCAGAUUCUUUGCAUCUAAUGUUUUCCAGAGAGAGAGCAUCCAAGCAGCAAAAAAGCGACCGCCACCGAGCAGACGACGACGACGAGGACGACGUCUCAGGAGGGGGGAGUGUCGCAGGGGACAUUAAUCCCCGAAAGUUGCACAGGCUGCGGCCCACGGGAUCGCGCAGUUCACGAACAUGUGUCUGACAUUUUUAAUCGUCGGAUUAAAAUAAGCGAUGCCAAGGUGUAGCCCUGGAAUCCAUUAUCCGGCGGAUGAGCGGACGGCCACCCAAAGUGUCGCGUGUCCCCCAGGACCUGCCAUCCGGACUAAGCCCUCUCUCUCUCCCCCUCCUCUUCGUUCGUGUCCCUUUUUGAUUUUGAGGGAGGGGGAAAGGGUGGCAGAGACACGUAUCCACCCUUUCUGUGUCUCCCUUUUUGGAAUAUAUUAAACGAUGGAAAAUUCGUCGUUUCUCAAAAUAGGGUUACAAGAAACUUUGCCUUUGACAGUUUUAAAGAAAUAUAUAGAAAUAUCGUUCACCAUAUUGAAAGAUAAGAAGAAUUUUUAUUUAAUUUUUAGGUUAGGUUUAGAAGGAGUUUAAUAAUUGAAUAGUUUUCGGAAGAAACGAAUGGAAAAUCAUUAACUAAUAUAUCAAUUUAUGAACGGAUAAAUUGUGUUUGAAGAAAAUGAGACGUUGGACAAAGGAUGUUAGCCAGUAGCAUCCUUUCCUUUUUUUUUUCGCGUGUGGAGCUGGGAAGAGGAAAUGGGGAGCUCGCCGAGGGCAACGUCGAGGAGAUUUCUUUACCGCGGAGAUAAUAAUGAUCGGACCCUUGGCCGAGUUGAGAGAGUUGCCCCAGGCUUGCCUCGGUUUUACCAGGCAAAUUACUCGCCAUCCCGCACUCCCACCUGUGCAACAGUCAUAAGACUAUUUUAAAUAAGCACCGGCUGCCUUGUUAGCGGCCAUCCAACCUUGUCUCCCUUGCCUAAAACUCGUGUAGAGCUCGCGAUUCAAUGAAGUAAUAUCCGGUCUCUUUGAACGAUUUCGCGCUUUAUUACGUGGAUAAAGAAGAGGAUAAUAAUAAGAUCGUAUUAGAUAUUAAUCUCUCGCGAAAUUUUGGAAUUAAACUUGGACUUUUUCAUUCGUAUACUAGUCAGAAUUUUUCUAGAUUUUUAUCGAAUUAGAUUUAUUUUUAAUUCGAUAAUUCGCUCAAAAGUAAUUUAUUAAA